CGGGUGAGAAUCACUGUAUGUCAGAUUAUAUCAGAAAACUCGUCUUCCUGGCUUUUGGAGAAAGGGAAAUAUCGGACUUCCAAAAUUGUCAAUGGAUUCCUCCCUUCAUAAAGGUUUUAAAAGAGAACUAACUAUCUUCUUUGUCAUGCUGUGUAUAAACAUAACGCUGGCGGAAGGAUGCACCAGUCUGGACUGUUUACAAAAUCUUCUUGAGCAGAUCGAGAACAUCACAUCUUCAGUGCUCUCUGUGAAUACUGUGACCAGUAUUUUGACGAUGGCCUUCAACGCUUCAGGGAAGAUUUUAGAGUCAUCUUCAUCAUCAUCAUCAGUCAGCCCGGCUGAACUCGCCUCCCAUGGAAACCUUAUCUUAAAAACCAGUGAGAAACUCAUCUCUACAUUGGUGAAGCCGACAAACACAAGUGAAGCUGUCAGUUUUACUCUUUCAGCUGUAGAGGUUGAAGUCUUCAUGGUUGGACCACAGGUCACCUUAGAUAAAAUCCCUCGACUUGACACAACAAAUUCUUCUGUUGACAUUGAUCUCAUUGGGAUUGCCAAGAACAACAAUGAAACAAGAUCAGCUGCUGUGGCUUUCAUGAGUUAUAACACAAUGGAGAAUCUACUGAAGCCAGAAUUCUUCAACACAUUAAAUGACACAGUUAAAACCAUGAUGUCCACUGUGAUCUCAGCUACUCUUCCCAAAACCACCAACACUAACCUCACCAAACCAGUCAACUUCACCUUCAAACACAUCAGAAAGUUUGACCCCAACGGUUCUCUGUCCUGUGUGUACUGGAAGAUCAGUGAGUGGAUUGUUGAUGGUUGUUCUGUUUUAGAGACCAACGGCAACUACACUGUGUGUUCAUGUGUUCAUCUGUCGACAUUCGCUCUCAUCAUGCAAACCAGCCGCCCAUCAGAGAGUGACUCUCUGCUGGACAUGUUGAAUUUGGUGUGUGUGACUGUGGGGAUGGUGUUCUUCAGUUUGGCCCUGUUGACCUUUGCCCUUUGUCAGUGGAGUCCUGGAGUGAAUAAUGUGGCUCGAAUCAACCUCUGCAUCAGUCUUCUGUCAGCUCACGUUCUGUUCCUGCUCACACAACAGUUCCUGAGGCUCAUACGCCCUCAUCAGGUGUUGUGUGCCGUGAUAUCAGGUGCGCUGCACUUCCUCUUUCUCUCUGGCUUUGUGUGGAUGUUCAUUGAAGCUGUACUGCUCUUCAUCUGUGUGAAGAAUCUAACACAGAUCAGCUCCAAAAAGAGGGAGGUGCUUAGCAGUGGAUUCCUGUGGGUGAUUGGCUAUACGGUUGGUCUGGUUGUGGUGGGUGUGUCUGCUGUGGUGGAUCCCAAAGGCUACGGAAGUGAAGACUGCUGGAUUAAAAUGGAUAAAGGUUUUAACUGGAGUUUUCUGGGUCCUGUUUGUGUCUUACUAGCAUUAAACACGAUUCUUUUCAUCAACAUCAUCAUCAGUCUGAACUUAACUCUCCAAAAUCUGAAUGCUGAAGUUUCACAGAUGAAACAAUCCAAGAUUAUGACUUUUAAAACACUGGCUCAGUUUGUGAUUCUUGGUUGCCCCUGGAUUCUGGGUGUUUUCAUUAGUGACAUGAAGGAGCUGGAGAUCAUCUUCCUUAUCUUGAACUCCCAGCAGGGAACCUUCAUCUUCCUGGUCUAUUGUGUCCUCAAUAAUGAGGUCAGACAGCAGUACAGGAAGUUCUUCAGACGUCUUUGCUGUGGACUCAAACAAAACUGAGGACCACAACAUCAUGAUCAGGAAAUGAAAAGUGCCAUAAUUAUAGGGUUAUUUUAUAGAUCGGAGUGAAUGUUUUGGGAAUUUUAAAUUCAUAAUAAAUUAAUAAUCUCAACUUGAA